AUGGUGGUUAAUAAAACUGAUUCAAAUGGUCUGAACUUAGCUGCUGAUAAUUCAUUAUCAAGAACUUUAUCAAUGGAUUCCAUUAGUUCUUUAUUUAAAAGGAAAAAUAAAAAGAGAAAAUUAGAUGAAGAAGAUCAAGAGUCUAUAGAUUCAAAUUUAAUUGAAGAAGAACAAGAAAAGACUAAAAAAUUGGAUUCUAAAAAGAGAAAAAUAUUAGAUAAACAAAAGGAAGAAUUUGAAGGUAAUGAAAAAAAAUUAGAUGAACAAUUACCACCCGAAUUAAGAAAAUUUAGACCAAGAGGUUAUAAAUUUAAUUUACCGCCUACUGAUAAACCAAUUAGAAUUUAUGCAGAUGGGGUAUUUGAUUUGUUUCAUCUUGGUCAUAUGAAACAAUUAGAACAAGCCAAAAAAUCAUUUGAAAAUGUUGAAUUAGUUUGUGGUGUACCUUCAGAUAUUGAAACUCAUAAAAGAAAAGGUUUAACAGUAUUAACAGAUGAACAAAGAUGUGAAACUUUAAAACAUUGUAAAUGGGUUGAUGAAGUUAUACCAAAUGCACCAUGGUGUGUUACACCCGAAUUUUUAAAGGAACAUAAUAUAGAUUAUGUUGCUCAUGAUGAUUUACCUUAUGCAAGUUCUGAUUCUGAUGAUAUUUAUAAACCAAUUAAACAAGAAGGGAAAUUCCUUACUACUCAACGUACCGAAGGUAUCUCUACUUCUGAUAUUAUAUCCAAAAUAAUUAGAGAUUAUGAUAAAUAUUUAAUGAGAAAUUUUGCAAGAGGUGCAACAAGAAAAGAAUUAAAUGUUUCAUGGUUGAAAAAGAAUGAAUUAGAUUUUAAAAAACAUAUACAAGAUUUUAGAACUUAUUGGAUGAAAAAUAAAAUUAAUUUAAAUAAUGUUUCCAAAGAUUUAUAUUUUGAAAUUAGAGAAUUUAUGAGAGGUAAAAAAUUUGAUUUACAACAUUUAAUUGAAUUACAAAAUAAUCAAAAUAAUCAAAAGUUCUUAUUAAAUGAUGAUAAAGAUGAAGAGAAUAAAUCUCCAUUAACUGAAUUUGCUUCAAAAUAUAUUGGAAAUGCAAAUAAAGAAUUAAAUAAUGCAGGUAAAGCUAUAUUUGCUAAUGUAAGAGAAUGGAUAAGUGGUCAAACAAGUGAUGAAGAAGAAGAAGAAGGAGAGGAAGAAGAAAUUGAACCAAUAGUUAUAAAACAUCCUGUAAGAAGAGCAAGAAGAUCAAGUAUUCCAAGUAAUGCAACAACACCAAUUAAAUCAAUUCCAGGUUUAAGACAAAGAAAAAUUAUAACUCCAAAAGGAACAUCUAUUAAAAGAUCAACUAAAUCAACACCACCAACAACAAAGAAGACAAAAUAA